AUGGCGACGAAUACGCGAGAUUUUUCUGAAACGGUGGCGUUAGAGGGAACCAACUACUACUGCGACGCGUCGACGAUAAGCACGAAAAAAUGCAUCCUGAGACGUCCAAUCGUGGAUGGACGGCUCAAAAUCCUUGAAGGCGUUAAGCACAUGGAAAAUGUGGUGAAAUUCUAUAUUAGCAUCCCUUUAUACUUGCUUUUUAGACUCGUAUUGGAAAGAGGUAAGCUUGCUUUCGGAAAUCGGAAUCGAAGAAGGACACGUGGCAACCCAAGUGGCCCCCAACUUCCAUCUAUGAGUAGAAGGAACAAAAUCAGAAGAAUCAAGAGGAAAGCCACCACCGACCCGAUUGCGAUUCCAAUAGCUCCUCCAGACAACUUCUUUCCACCACUGUUACUGUUGUUGGAGCUGCUACCUCCGCUUGUCGUCGGCACCGCUUUGUUAGGACGGAGAAAGCGGCGAAUCGGUGGAGAGGUGUUGUCAGGUAAAGGGUAUAAGGAUUAUAAGUUGGGGGAUUAUUCCAACUGGYUGCAGAAGAGGGUUAACAACAACAACUGGAGGAAGAUCAAGAGUUGUUUGAUGGAUAGCCAUGUCUGCAAGAGUCUCAAUGACUUUGCUGCCGAAUCGGUGGAAGAAUUUUACGCCCGGCAUUUGUCUUCAAUUCAGUCAGGCUGCUGUAAGCCUCCAACAGCAUGUAAUUUCCUAUACGUGAGCCCAACAGUCUGGACGAAAACCAAUACAACCAGCGAGCUUUCUGAUUGCAAUAACUGGGACAGCCCCACAGGCUCGCUCUGUUUCAACUGCGAUUCUUGCAAGGCUGGAGUACUUGACAACCUCAAGAAGGACUGGAAGAAGGUGGCUGCCGUGAACAUUAUCUUCCUCAUUAUUGUCUACUCUGUUGGCUGUUGUUUCAGGAACAAUGGAGAGGACAAUGCUUACCCCAGAUGGAAGGGAUACCCUUAUAUCACUGAUUUAGUUCCGUCGCUCCGUUGCAAGAUCUGAUUUUCCAAGAAGAAAGAAAACCAGUAACAAGAAAAUAAUAAACUGGAGAAUCCCAUUAGCGGUUUAGAAAAACCAAACCCACUUUUCAUCACUUCGACAUCGUCCUAAGAGAGAGAGAGAGAGAGAGUAGGG